UGACCCCGUUGUCUUCGGUGUCCUACUGUGGCUAGAGACGAGGCUUUACUGAAAAUGCUGAGUCAGGAGAGCGCCAGUCUCAUUUCCUGCGCUACUCAUCCAUCGCUCUCUGCAGUGUCCUUUGUUUCAGCCGGGUUUAAGUCUUCGUUAUCCGAGGCGCUGCGUUAACGGGCGGCUUCGGCUCUCUCCGAGCGUGUGGGUGGAAGCGAGUGAUGGGAGAUAAGUACAGGCAUCCAUUUUCAGAAUGGCUUCGGUUAUUGCCUUUCCUUGGUGUACUUGCACUACUUGGCUACCUUGCAGUCCGUCCAUUCUUCCCGAAGAAAAAACAACAGAAGGAUAGCUUGAUAAAUCUUAAAAUACAAAAGGAAAACCCUAAAGUGGUGAAUGAAAUAAACAUUGAAGAUUUGUGUCUUACUAAAGCAGCUUAUUGUAGGUGUUGGCGUUCAAAGACGUUUCCUGCCUGUGAUGGUUCCCACAAUAAACAUAAUGAAUUGACAGGAGAUAAUGUGGGUCCACUCAUACUGAAGAAGAAAGAAGUGUAAUAGUAAUGAUUUAGGAUUGGUCAAUUGUGUGCUGUAAAAUCUUCCAACAACAUUUUCUCAUUUUUUGUGUAUACAAAAUCUUUGAAAUGGUGGUUUUAAUUAUUACCACUGGCUGAAUAAUUAUUUCUGCCAAUUUAUUUUCUUGCUACACUACUGUUUAUAUUUGAUAUUUAGUAUAUUCAAAGUCAUUUAUGUAGAAGUUAUCUGUCAAGCCUCAUUCUGACUUCAAGGAAUUAAUGUAUAUUUCGGCAAUAAAAUCCAUACUUCUGGUUUUAAUUAAUUUAGAAAUUAAAAUUUUGGCAAUGUGUCCAACACUG